AUGGCAAAUGAGCCCAUGGUCACCGAGACCGCGGGUGGGAGCAAACGAACAAGCAGCGAGAAUCAAACAAGCGAGGUUGUGCGCAAGCGGACGAAGAUUGUCGUCGAAGUCCCUCCCAAAAAGCCGCCAAGCGGCCCUAGAAGAAGUGCACACUUCUACUACGCCGACGGCAACAUCACUGUGAUCGUCGAAGAUGUCGAGUUCCGGCUGCAUCUAUCCCGGUUGAUGAAGCAUUGCAACCUCUUCUCACGACUCUGGAAGCUCGCGGAAGCGCAGGACGACCAGGAUAACGUGACCCUCGUCGAUUCCACCCCACACGCAAGGGCCGAAGAGCGCCAUGGCGCAGCUUAUCCUAGAAGGAGAGAGGAUCCGGGAACUGCAGAAAACGCAGGUCACACGGGCAUGGUAGAGGAUCAACGAGAAGCUCACGGCCCCACCGGAGAGGCGAGACAUGUGCUCAAGGGCAUCAGCGCUGCGGAUUUCACUGAUUUUUUGCGCGUUUUGGAGAACCCAUGGCAUGUACACACGCGCACGUAUACAUUUCAGUACACUAAUCACCUUCUCUCGUGCGCAAUGUAUUCUAGCAUGUAUAGAUCAACGCCCCCAGCACCGGGUGUCGCUAUAUCGCUCUUACGCGUGGCGAAUCAGCUGGGAUGCAUGUCGGUUUUAGAGGUAGCGAGGGACCGCCUCCGCACCCUGUGGUCUCCCAGGGUUCCCUUGCGCAACUCGAAGAGGAAAGGCCUCAGCAACGCUAUCACUAUCAUUGCUCUCGCACGCGAAUGCGGUACUCCGGAGCUCUUGAAAAGAGCGUUCUACGAGGUUCUCCGCAACCAGUCCUUCUGGGAAGGCGUGGUUGACAACAGGGACAGCCUGAAGAUCCUCGACGCCGACUUGCUCAACUUAUAUCACGCCCGUGAAGUCUUGCAGAGACAGUGGUGGACGCUGCUUUUUGCGCUGCCUGGAUCCGCGUGCCUCGGCUCCGCUACACAACCGCAGCGAUGCCUUUACAACACUCCCGCUGAGCGUGCGGCCCAUUGGCGGUCGCAUUUCAUCGAGACGGCGGAGCUGGAGAAGGGAGCCGCGGAUCCGGUAUGCUACGUCGACACCCUGCUCGACGGGCCAUUCUUCCAGCAGCCGAACGGAACAUGGUGCAAGGCGUGUCUCGCCGACAGAAAGGCCGCGUGGAGUGCUGCAAAGAUUCAGUGGUGGGAUAUGCUCGAUGGACUGUUCAAAAUUGACGUCAACGCUGCAGUGUGA